AUGGUUCUCCUACUUCAGCUCGAUCAUAUUCGUCUGCUGCUCGCCGUUCAAUUUGCUCGGAAUUUGAAAAGGCCAGAUAAUAACCCAUUUUCAUGGUAUAUCAAUCAAACUUUAUUCAAACGGUGCAACGUGCCAUUGGAGGCUGCUGCGGUAGACGCGUGUGAACUAAGGCCAGGUCAAAAUGUGCUUGAAAUCGGCUUUGGUCCUGGAUAUGGGAUCAUUUUUGCAGCUGAGCGUGUAGCUCCCCUCACAAUGGACUACCUGCGAAAGCAAGGCCCGCUGCUUCGGAUUACUGACCGACUUUGGAAGCCUGAUAUUAAGUUUACCGAAGACGGCCACGUAUCUGGUGUGGAUAUUUCUAACUACAUGCUCAAGUUAGCUAACCGUCGGUGCCGAAGACUGAUACCUUUUGGAAUCGUCGAUUUGUCGUUAAACAGCGUAGACCAUCUACCUCAGUUAGCUUCGACCAUGGAUGCCUGUUUUCAUGUGAACUGCUUCUACUACUGGCACAACAUGGAAUAUGCACUUAGGAACAUAUGGCGUGUCCUUCGUCCAAACGGGCGCCUCGUCACAUGCUUCCAGCCUGACCGUCUCAAGCAAGACCAUGAACGUGGUUGGCUCCGAUAUGGUCGCGGUGAUCCAGUUGCCUAUGCGCUUGCACUUGAAGCGUGCGGUUUCAAUAGAAUCGAAUGGCUGAAAAAACCACUUUCAACUGGCUCAGUCGUUCCUUCCGAGUGUAUCGUCGCCCGUAAACCUCCCAUCGAGCUUAUUUCCCAUCAGGUUGACACUGCUGACUGCAAAUCGUGAUCGGCAAUUUGUAUGUGAUCAAACUAUGUAUUUUGAAAUAUAGUUACAACUCC